GGAGCUAGUAGGACGCUCUCAAAUUUUGAGUCUAAAUGCCUACGAUGGAUGAAUGGAGUCGAAUUACUUGAUGAUGCUCUGAGAAAUAAACGAUUCCUUCCUACUGGAUGUGACGGGAUAGACACACUUCUUGGUGGUGGACUACGUGAGGGCCAGUUGACGGAAAUAGUUGGUCCUUCUUCAUCAGGCAAAACACAGUUUUGCCUAUAUGUUGCUUCGAAUGUUGCAGUCAAGCUAUGUGGUUCCGUCGUUUUCUUGGAUACAUCAAACUCCUUUUCUCCGACUCGUAUUGCUUCCAUUGUAAAUCAAAUUUUUGGUCCUGCGGUCAAAGAGGGCCAGGAAAUAAGGAUUAAGAAUAUCAUGAGCAGCAUACACUGUCAAUCAGUUUUUGACAUAUUUUCACUGCAGGAUGUAUUGCAUGAACUUUAUAACACAUUAAAGAUGCAGACAAUAAGCAAGGGUGACAAGAUAUGCAUGUUAGUAGUUGACUCAGUUUCAUCUCUCAUAACACCUAUCCUUGGAAGCAAAAAUUCACAAG